AUGGAGAACAAGGAGGAAGACCAUGCAACUGGCAGCCACGAGAAAGAUGAACAGUGGGGCGAUGGCACCAUGGUCCCAGAUGAUGAAAGCCGUUUUGCAGACAUCAUGGACUAUUGCAAGAACACACUGAGCAGGAAGGAGCUGUGGUACCUGCUGUGGGAAGAGGAGGCCUGGGAGAUACUUGUGUGUGAGGCAGAAUUGUCCAGUGAGGAGGCACACACGCUACGUGAAGCCCUGCUGAAUUAUUACAUAGACACGGACCCGGACCCAUUCUCAGACCAAGACAGGUACCUGAACACUGAUCCGAACAAGGACUCAGAUUCAGACACAGACUCAGACGACGAAGCGCGUCGAGCAGAGCGGCAGGCGAGGGAGAGGUUUUUGAAGGAAUUUCCGCAGGUGAAAGCGCAGCUGGAGGAGAAAAUAGCAAAGCUGCACGCCCUGGCAGACAAGGUGGGCAAGGUGCACCGGGACUGCAGCAUCACCAACGUGGUGGCUUCCUCCACCGGGGCUGUCUCUGGCAUCCUGAGCAUCGUUGGCCUGGCUCUGGCUCCAGUGACUGCAGGGGUCAGCCUGGCACUCACAGUCACAGGGUUGGGGCUGGGUGCAGCUGCAGGCGUGACUGGUGUCUCCACUGCCAUCGUGGAGCAUGUAACCAGAGCAUCAGCAGAGGCCGAAGCUGGCCGCCUCACGUCAAGCAGCGUCAACCCAGAGGAGCUAAUUAAACAAGGUGUUGGUCAGAGUGUCCCCAAAGUCAUCAGUGUAACCCGGAAGUGCACUAAAGUCCUGGAAGACGUUGGGAAGAAUGUGCACGCCAUCAAGGUUGCCCAGACCAACACACGCCUGGUGGCCAAUGCUAAGCGCCUCAUGACCACAGGGAAGAUCUCAGCUCGCAACACUAGGCAGGUGCAGAAAGCCUUCGGGGGCACUGCUCUGGCCAUGACCAAGAGAGCCCGCAUUGCAGGUUUCGCCACCUCUGGACUCUUCCUUCUGAUGGAUGUGGUCAGCCUUGUCCAGGAGUCGGUCCACUUGCAUCAUGGUGCCCCUUCUGAGUUGGCUCAAGAUCUGCGGCAGUGGGCUCAGCAGCUGGAAGAGAAGUUGGCACAGCUCAUGGAGAUCUACAGGAACCUGCAGGAGGACACAGCUGAGUGAGCAUGGACCAGCGCCCAGGUCAGAGGAGCCACGCUGACAGGAGCCCAGCAAACAGACACAUUCUCUGAGGCACAAAUAGGUUGAAAAAAAAAAA